AAAAAAAGAACAUUGGAAAUUAAAUUAAUUGAUUUACUUCAUCAACUAAUUUAACAAACGUUUUAAUCAUUUUUAAUUCAUUAAGAUUGUUAUUAACAAGUGUUUUUAAUUAUUCUAAAGAAAAUGAGUUCCAUUGAUCAGGUUGACGGUAGUUCAAUUGGAUCCAUGCAAAAGAAAUCAACUAAUUACAAAGACCAAGCUGACGAUUUUUUCUCAAAUUUCUUGGAGCCAAAUAAUUUGAAUCAAAUCCGUUCUCAAGUUAAACAAUUUAUUGAUUGUGAUACCAAUCAUCCAACAGUUCUAAUCACCUCUGGAGGAACAACAGUUCCUAUGGAGCAUAAUACUGUUCGAUUUGUGGAUAAUUUCUCAGCGGGAACAAGAGGAUCAGCUUCAGCUGAAUAUUUUCUUGAAAAAGGUUAUAAAGUUAUUUUCCUUUAUCGUUUAAAAUCAUUGGAACCAUUUACAAGGCAUAUUAAUGUUUGGCAAUUAAUGGAAUCACUUUCCUCAUCGGAUUCUGGUUCACAAGUUGGUCCAUCUAUUGGUGACAAUUUAUCCAAGACUGUGAAAAUCUACAAAGAAAAUAAAGCGAAUAUACUUAUGAUCACAUUCACCACCCUUGCUGAGUAUCUUUAUUACCUGAGGGAAAUUUCAUUCUCAAUGCAGCCCUUGGGGCCGAAAGCAGCUCUUUAUCUUGCAGCAGCAGUUUCAGACUUUUAUAUUCCACCCACUGACAUGGCAACUCAUAAAAUCCAAUCUAAAAACGGACCAAUUAGCCUUGUUUUUGAAUUGGUUCCUAAAAUGUUACGACCGUUGGUCAAGUUCUGGGUCCCUUCUGCAUUCGUUGUCUCCUUUAAGCUCGAGACUGAUGAAUCAAUCCUUUUGGAUAAAGCAAGAAAAGCUUUACUCUGUUAUGGUCAUCAUUUGGUCAUCGCAAACAUAUUACACACACGAAAAAGUCAAGUAUUAAUUGUAACGGAAAAAGAAUCUCAUCAAAUAACCUUACCUAAUCCAGAGAUGGAGAUUGAAUCUCUAAUUGUUGAUGAAGUAAUUUCCAGACAUAAAACUUUCAUAAACAUGAAACUCAAUGUGGAAAAAUUGAUUUAAUCAACUUUUACAAGUCAAUUUUUCCCUCCAACUGAAAAUCAAAAGCAAAAAUUGUAGUUUCGCUGUAAUUUGAUUUGAUUAUAUUUUUAACAACAAUUAUCGAUAAUAAUAACUGACACUUUGAUUCGUAAA